UGCCCCCUUGCCUUUCUGCACCGUACCACGUGCGCGGCCUAUAUCCGCCUGUUGUACCUCAUCACCUUUGAGACCGCCAGCAACGUUGCUAGGGUGGCGUUGCUAAGAGACGAGCGGGUGGCUAAAAAUAUAACAACCGGCAGUGACGCUGUGGUACUGGACCGUGCAGCGGUAGAUCACUCACAGGCGGGUUUGAUUGGCGAUCUCAUCAACCUGUUUUUGGGUAGAGAUAUGUCUGAGGCUCCGCAGUGGAUAGAG